GAUAAGCCAUGGGAAAAUACCUACUUGUAUAUGAAUAGGAGCAGAAAGAUUACUUCUAUCAGAGGAGAUUAUGAGUGCCACUCGUGGGCUGCAUAUUCUAUGAAUUAUUUUCUAGCAUCACAUUAUGUUGAUAAGCCUGUGAUUUUCAAAUUUAAAUUAAUUGGGUGGUGAGUUGGAGAAUUGGUUGGAGGGAGACAAUGCAUAAGCAUUGCUGAAAUAGCAUUUAGAUCCAAUUCAACAUCACAUUACCAUUCAUUGAUUUUUGGUGGGGAAGAGAUUCUUCUUGUCUCCUCACUUCAUAAUAUAUAUUGAGCAUAUAACAAAGCAAGGCCAACCAUCUGAAAAUUGCAAGACUGAUCUGUGGAUUCAACUUCUCCCUCACUAGGACGAAAAAAAUGGCCAUCUCUCCUUUAAACCCAAAAGCCUAUUACCAUGCUCGCUCUAUCAGCUUGCCCUCUAGACCACACCCUCUCAUCCCUGAAUUUGAUGAGCAUUUGUGCAGAUUAAGAGCUUCUGAAGCCACCUCUUCAUCAUCAAAAAGCCACAAACUUACGGGCCUUAGAGAUCUACAUGAUUGUGUCCAUAGUUUUCUUCUUCUGCCAUUCACUCAACAAACCUUAGCUCAAAACCGCCAUGAGCAAUGGGUUGAUGAGCUGUUGGAUGGAUCUCUCAUGCUUCUGGACAUAUGCGGCACAGCUAAGGAUGCCUUGCUGCAGACAAGGGAAGGUGCACGUGAACUUCAAUCAAGUAUGCGCAGAAGGCGAGGAAGUGAAAAUGGGAUCUCAAGUGAGGUUGAGAAAUAUUUAACCUCUAGGAAGAAGGUAAAGAAGGCAAUCCACAAGGCCCUAAGGAAUCUGAAGGGCAUGGAGAAGGAGUGCAGAUUCUCUGCCUUGAACAAAGACCCUGAGACUCACUCCAUGGUCAGCAUGUUAAGAGAGGUGGAAACAAUCACUUUCACAGUGCUUGAAUCUCUGCUGUCAUCAAUAGAUGGGGUAACAGCACAAUCAAAGCGAAGUGGCUGGUCUUUAGUCUCAAAAUUGAUGCAACACAAGCACGUGGCAUGCGAGGAAGCAGAAGCCAAUCUUAGUGAAUUUGAGAAGGUGGAUGCUGCAUUGUGCACCCUUCUUGGCCACAAGAACAAAUCAGUUAAUGUGGUGCAUGUUGAUAAUGUGCAUAAUGAGGUAGCAAAGCUGGAAUCAAGCAUUCAAGAUCUUGAAGAAGGGAUAGAGUUCCUUUCAAGGCGUUUAAUCAAAACCAGGGUGUCUCUCCUCAACAUCCUGAGCCAAUAG